CGCUUCCUCCCAAACGCGAGUGAGCGAGAUCAAGAUCGAUGGCGAGAUCAAGAUCGAUGGCGAGAUCGGAAGUCUGCAGUCUCUUCAUAGCAGCUUCGCUUCUGCUUCUUUCCCUUCCUCCUACAUCAGUUGCUGGUAAGAAAUCUGGUGAUGUUACAGAGCUGCAGAUAGGCGUCAAGUAUAAGCCAGAAUCUUGUGAAAUUCAGGCUCACAAAGGUGAUAGAAUCAAAGUACACUAUCGGGGAAAACUCACAGAUGGAACUGUCUUCGAUUCCAGCUUUGAAAGGGGUGAUCCCAUUGAGUUCGAGCUUGGUAGCGGUCAAGUUAUUAAAGGAUGGGACCAAGGACUGUUGGGAAUGUGCGUCGGUGAGAAGCGAAAGCUGAAGAUACCCUCUAAACUUGGUUAUGGCGACCAGGGAUCCCCUCCUAAAAUCCCCGGCGGCUCAACGUUGAUUUUUGAUACGGAGCUUGUAGCAGUGAAUGGGAAAACGUCUGGUGGAGGGAAAGUAGCAGAUAGUGAGUUAUAGUCGGAGGAAUAUGUGGGUACGCUUAGUUCUACUUAAUUUUGCUAAGCUUUCUUAUUGCUUGCUAAGGAUAUUAGCCACGUUAAAUUGGAACAUCAAGUUCAGUUUAGCCAUGAACUCACAUUCUGUUAGUGUAGGACGGGCUGGAAUGUUUCCUUGCCCCCAAGUGUAGUGCCGGCAACAUUUAGGCCCAGCUUACCCAUCUUGCUUGAAGGUAGAAAAUGGAAUAAACAAUUUCAAUUUCUUGCUC